AUGCAGACAAUCCAUGGCCAGGUUAUAUCUGAAAUUAUUGAAAGUUGCCGUGCGCAUGGGUUUACAGAUGUUAUUUUGGUUCAUGAACAUCGGGGUAUACCAGAUGGUUUCAUCAUAAGUCAUCUACCUUUUGGUCCCACAGCAUACUUUGGAUUACUCAAUGUGGUGUUUCAAUGUCUGUCUCAUGUUUCUGUGCAUCGAUACAUAAAGUAUAAAGACGCAUAUAUAGCUCUGAGCCCUGAGCCAAUAGAAGAAGUGCAUCAUACCUAUGAGAAGCCUGGAGGUCCUAAAUCAGUUGAGUUAAAGGAGAUUGUAAAAUUAGGAACAAUGGAGCAGAGUGAAGCUCUGAUUGAAUGGGUUAUUAGACCCUACAUGACCACAACUAAGAAACGCAGCUUCAUUGGGAACGACCCUGAACCAGAUGAUAAAAGAAACAGAAAUAACGCUUGA